AUGAAAUUCGAAUUGGGAUCAAUUUCCCUCCUAAAGCUCACAGUCGUAAUCCUAUCACUCGCCAAAAUCAUCUCCCAAAACGAACAGCCUUACCAAACAUGCCGCCGCACAUUCGAGUGUGGGGACAUAACUGAAAUAGGGUACCCAUUCUGGGGCGGCGACCGGCCCCAAUCCUGCGGCUACCCUAGCUUCGGCCUCACCUGCCUCGACAACACCCCGCGCCUCAACAUCUCUUCCGCAUCCUAUCGAGUCCUCGAAAUCAACAGCACAACCCGAACGCUGAGAAUCGCUCGAGACGAUUUGUCGAGCACCUUGUGUCCCAGAUUCAUCCACCGCACAGUCCUCGAUUCAUCCCCAUUCCACAUCUAUUCAGUCCACGGCGACCAGAACGUCACCCUUCUCUACGGCUGCGGCGCCAGCCGCCCGCCGCCGGAGGCUCCGCCGGUUCACAACCGGUUCGAUUGCGACGUCAACGGAUCGAGCACGUGGGGAUAUUAUCUGACGGAAGGGUUGAUUCGGCAGUGGAGCAACGUGACGGGCGCGUGCGAGGAGAAUAUUACGGUGCCGGUGGGCGCGAGCGCGGCGAGGGAUCUGGCGAAUGUGACGGUUGGAUCGGUGGGCGUGUUGCGGGAGGCGCUGGGGGAAGGGUUUUGGGUCGGGUGGCGGGCGGACGACGAGAGGUGCAGGGGUUGUGUCGGGUCGGGCGGGUUGUGCGGGUGCGAUCCGGAUUCCGGGUCGUUCGCCUGUUAUUGCGCGGAUGGAACUCGCGAUUACAGCUGCAAUGUUACGGGAAACAACAAUAACUUGAAUACAGGAUUGCGUAUUGGCCUCCCUAUCGGCUGUGCCGUUCUUGCUUGUAUUGGAAUCGGAUGGCUUGUUUUAUACUUCAGGCAGAGCAAGAAGCAGCGUGUGGAGCGUCUCGGCUCGCGAUCCAACCGAAGCAUGAGCAAGGAAAUUAUCACUCCUUGGAGCAAGCCUCUCUCUAGGCCUCCCUCAACUAAUGCCAGUAAAAGCGGGCACUUGUUCAGGACAACUUCAAACUCCAACCUCGGCUGGGGCAGCAUGUAUUACGGUGUCCAAGUGUUUGAUUAUGCCGAGCUUGAAGAGGCUACCGACAAUUUCGAUCCUUCGAGAAUCCUGGGAGACGGCGGGUUUGGCACUGUGUAUCAUGUUGCUGUAAAGAGGCUGUACGAGAACAACUUGAAGCAGGUGGAGCAGUUCAUGAAUGAAGUGAAGAUCCUCACAAACCUCCGCCACAAAAACCUCGUCUCCCUAUACGGCUGCACUUCCCGUCGCAGCCGCCAGCUCCUUCUCGUCUACGAGUUCGUCUCCAACGGCACAGUCGCCGACCAUCUCCACGGCCGCCUUCGCCGCGCCAACCCAUCAUCCCAUCUUCCCUGGCCCGUCCGUCUCGACAUCGCACUAACAGAAAAGAGUGACGUGUACAGUUUCGGGGUUGUCCUGGUCGAGCUUUUAUCUUCUCUAAUGGCGGUCGACACGAACAGGCACCGCCAGGACAUAAACCUGGCGAGCAUGGCCAUUAGCAAGAUACAGAACCGGGCUCUGGACGAGCUGGUGGAUCCGAGCCUUGGGUUCGGGACGGAUGCUGAGGUUAGGAGGGCGGUUACGUCUGUGGCUGAGCUGGCGUUCUGGUGCCUGCAGUGGGAGAGAGAUAUGAGGCCGUCGAUGGGGGAUGUGCUGGCGGGCCUUAGGCGGAUUCGAGAUGGGGGCCAUAAGGUAGAGGUCCUGGACUUGAGGUCCGGUGACGAUGUGGGCCCACCGCUGAGGGAGAGUAUGGAGCCACCAUCUCCGGAUAGCGGGUCGGGUCAGAAUUCUAGUGGGUGA